UAUUUCCUUCUCUCUUUUUCCUCUCUCCACAUUUCGGUUUCCUUGAUUCAUCUGCAGCUGUUUCGCCAUGGAUGAAGAAUAUGAUGUGAUCGUCCUUGGUACUGGGCUCAAGGAAUGCAUCCUCAGUGGCCUCCUCUCAGUUGAUGGCCUCAAAGUAUUGCAUAUGGACAGAAAUGAUUACUAUGGAGGAGAGUCUUCAUCUCUUAAUCUUACACAGUUAUGGAAGCGGUUUAGAGGAGAAGACCAGCCACCAGAGCACCUGGGCUCAAGUAGAGAGUAUAAUGUUGAUAUGAUACCUAAGUUCACAAUGGCCAAUGGACUCUUGGUUCGUGUACUAAUCCACACUGAUGUUACAAAAUAUUUGAAUUUUAAAGCUGUAGAUGGCAGUUUUGUGUAUAACAAGGGAAAGAUCUACAAAGUUCCAGCCACAGAUGUUGAAGCGCUGAAAUCACCAUUGAUGGGAUUGUUUGAGAAGCGUCGUGCUCGAAAGUUUUUCAUUUAUGUACAAGACUAUGAAGAGAGUGACCCAAAAUCUCAUGAGGGACUAGAUUUGAAUCAAGUUACAGCAAGACAGCUCAUUUCGAAAUAUGGGUUGGAGGAUGAUACGAUUGAUUUUAUUGGUCAUGCACUGGCACUUCAUAGAGAUGAUAGUUACUUGGAUCAGCCAGCCAAGGACUUCGUAGAAAGAAUAAAGCUUUAUGCAGAGUCCCUGGCAAUAUGUAUUAUGAGUCAUCCUAUUCCAGACACCAGUGAUUCUCACUCAGCACAGGUCAUUCUGCCGCAACAACAACUGGGUCGUAAAUCGGAUAUGUAUCUUUUUUGCUGUUCUUAUGCUCAUAACGUUGCAGCAAAAGGAAAAUAUAUUGCUUUCGUCUCAACAGAAGCAGAAACCGACCAACCUGAGGUGGAAUUGAAGCCCGGUAUUGAACUACUUGGACCUGUAGAUGAGAUAUUCUAUGACACUUAUGACAUAUAUGAACCUGUGAAUGAUUGCCAAGCCGAUGGUUGCUUCAUCUCUACUAGCUAUGACUCCACUACGCACUUUGAGUCGACAGUACAAGAUGUGCUUGCACUGUACAGUAAGAUCACUGGAAAGGAUGUUGAUCUUUCUGUCGAUUUGAGUGCUGCAAGUGCUGCCACUGAAUAACGUGUUCAAAUAGACUUGCCUAAGUUUAAAAAGGAAAACUUCAUUUUUAAUAUUGUUUUCAUGGUUCUUUCUUUAGAUAUUCUAAUGGAAAGUGAAUAACUCAUAUACUCAUUCUUUCUAUUCAAUGGCCAUUUUAUGCCUCA